UGUCUUGCAACGAAGUAACCCACAAAAUAGCCGGAUCCCCCGCACAGCGCCGUUAUGUAGUAGUGUGGCUUUGUUUUCACAUUAAUCAAGCCGGUAGGUGCUGUUAACAUAGAAGGGAAAGCCACCUGUAUACAAUUAAUGUCACAGUUUAUCUCUUCAAAAAUUAAUACAAGUUCCAAAUACCUAUAUAUUUUUUUUAUAUUUUCGUAUGAUGUAACCGGAUUUAGCUGUGAACACGUAUUACCCAGAUUAGACUCCAUGAAACCCCGGGCUAAAUGCUGGUGUUUUGUGCUUUGAGUCGACUAUGAAUGGAUGUCAAUAUGAUCAUGAGAUUUUUCAAGCCACAGACCUGAAUACCAAAUUGCCUUCUACUAUCAAGAGAUAGCCAGUGUGCAGGAUGGAGACCCAGGAGGAAUGACAAUAGUCUCUUGCCCCUCACCGACAUUCGGAGAAAAUGCACUGGACCGGUGGAUACGUUUUUGUGGUCCUGGUAUCCCUUAUCCCACCUCACACCACUGGGGCCUUAUCGAUGGAGACGGAUGGAAACCACACGAAAACGAGCAAUGUGACAGACGGCGGAUUUGUCCCAGUUGCUAUCACAAAAGUGAGCCAGAUAAUUGCCCGGGAGGGGAGCUGCGCGCUGAUUGAUUGCAAUGUCACUGGAGACCCGUUCCCCAGAGUUCAGUGGUUCAACUCCCAUGGAGACCGUCUGGACACGGAGAUGAGUGGUGGGAAAUGGUGGUUGCUGGACAGUGGUGUCCUCAACAUCACCGGCAUCGAGUUUGCAGACCGUGGAAAGUACACCUGCAUGGCGUCCAACGUGCACGGCAGCUCUAACUGCACGGUGACGCUGCGUGUGGUCUUUACUAACGGUGACAUGGGUGUGUACUACAUGGUGGUGUGUCUGGUCACCUUCACCAUCAUCAUGGCCCUGAACGUCACACGACUCUGCAUGAUGAGCAGCCACCUGAAGAAGACCGAGAAAGCCAUCAACGAAUUCUUCCGCACCGAGGGCGCCGAGAAGCUGCAGAAGGCCUUCGAGAUCGCUAAGAGGAUCCCCAUCAUCACCUCAGCCAAGACGCUGGAGCUGGCCAAGGUGACGCAGUUCAAGACCAUGGAGUUUGCGCGGUACAUCGAGGAGCUUGCUCGCAGCAUCCCGCUGCCGCCGCUCAUCAUGAACUGCCGCACCUUCAUGGAGGAGAUCCUGGAGGUGGUGGGGGUGGAGGAGAUGAGGCACACUUUUGUCAAACAAGCACCCGAGGGACGGCGUGAGGCAGCAGGCAGGGUCGCCUCAAUCGGGGCAAGAGACGUCUUCACCAUCCUGCAGGAGAGGGAGAGAGAGCGAGGGCGGGAGAGGGAACGCAGCGAAUCCCCCGCCGCCGACUCUGACAACUCCUCGGUUCAGGAGCAGCCACAGCAAAUCGCCAUCCAGGUGUCGGUCCACCCGCCGCUCGCCGACGGCGGUUGCUGCAGCAUCGAAGCUCCGCCCCAGCCAGAGGCCACACCCUCCUCGCCGCCUCCCGCCUCCCCCCCACCGCUCGCUUCGCUUCACCAUGAAGCUCCGCAGCCUGAGGAGGAGGCGGAGGCGGAGGAGGAGGAGGAGGCGGAGGAGGAGGAGGAGGAGGAGGAGGAGGGACAGAGCUCCGAACAGGCUGCACCUGAACCGACGGAAAACCAGACCCCUCCCUGCCAAGUGUUUUAUGAGAGCCAUGUGUGACGAAACAAACCCUGGAGGGAUGAUGAGUGAUCCUGCUAUGCAUUUCCACUUUAAGACAAGAAAAGGUCCACAAAACAUUUUUAAUUUCACAUUUUUGA